ACUUGACUCAUCUGCGUGUCAGUGUUCUUCUCUGCUUGACUGAUAGACUCACUGACUCAGAGGGAGGAGAUCUCACACAAACAGCAAAGAGUAGAAACUAAAGGAAUCUAUUUCUGCUGACUUGGAUUGGAGACAUGACCAAAGAGACUGAGACUCUGGGACUGGUCUUUCAGAGCGAGAACUUCAACUAUAACCGUUACAAUAACUACGCCAUGGACUCCUGGCCCUACCUGGAGAGCCCAGUGCCCGAGCAGAACCACACCAAACCCAGACUCCACCCAGGAGACGACCUCACAGCCUUAACCAUGCUUUAUGAACAGUGCAAGAACCAGAAAGAUCAUAAGAAUGUUUCCUGCCAUCGUGGUGGCAACAUCUGCAAAACAGAGAGGAGUCUAACCAAUGAUCUUGUUUCAUUGGACGGGUCCGCCAACGUAAUGAAGAUCCUCUCUGAGAGUGGAACCUUGAGCCAUCACCAAGAUGUUUUGGGAUCCAAGCAGAACGUCUCUAUGCCCCUCUCUGUUCCCACCACCUCAGACACCUACGCCACCCUGACCAGCGUAGUGUCGGACACUUACGACAAACAGGAACUCAACAUCAUCUUCGAUUCCCUGCUGACCGGUGCUUUCCCCGACCCCAACGCUGAGACUCUUCCCUACAGCGACGCCUUUACUGAAGAUCAGCCCAGCCCGGUUUACUCCGGCUCCUACACUGAUUCCCCACGGGAGAGGUUCAGGAGUGACUUCCGGUUCACCUUAGGAUCUCCCAUCGCUUCUUCUUACAAAUCCAGUGAACUGCCCAUGGUCUACUUGAACAAGGGACAGUUUUACCCCAUUACUCUCUCAGGAGUGGACAGCAGCACCGGCCUCACCGCCACUAAAGUCAAGACUGUUGUGAUGGCUGUGUUUGACAACGACAAAAGCCCAGAAAUGCAGCUCCGCUUUUGGAAUCACUGGCACGCACGUCAGCCGACAGCCAAGCAGAGGGUCAUUGACAUCGCGGACUACAAAGAAGUGUUCGACGGUGUUAGCAACAUAGAGGAGGUAGCAUUUAAUGCUAUCUCCUUUGUUUGGAACCCCAAUGAAGAAGCCAAGGUGUUCAUUGGCAUCAACUCCCUAAGCACAGACUUCUCCGCUCAGAAAGGCGUGAAAGGCCAGCCUCUACACAUCCAGAUCGACACGUACGACUUCAGCUCGGGAACCAACCAGCUCCUACACAGAGCCGCCUGCCAGGUCAAGAUUUUCUGUGAUAAGGGUGCAGAGAGAAAGAUGCGUGAUGAGGAGAGGAAGAGAAGCAAAAGGAGGGGACAGAAAGAUUCUAACAACAAGUCUUUAGUGAGCAGCUCCAUGGGCAGCGAAUGCACCUUCUUCCGAAGCCUGGAAGACCACAUCACCCAGCCAGUCCUCUUCAUUCCAGAAACACACCUCUCCAGCAUACAGCGCAUGGCUCCACCAAUGGAUGAGAAUGAAAGGAGUUCUAUGAAGAGAUCGUAUUCAGACAGAGACCAGAACAGCUCUCCAUCCACCAAGCAAGUCCGCAAGGAAGACUCACAAAGAGUUCUUCUGUACGUGAGGACAUGCGCUGAAGAGGUGUUCGAUGCGCUCAUGCUCAAAACGCCAACACUGCUGGGCCUCCGAGAAGCUGUUUCAGAAAAGUACGGUAUGCAAAUAGACACCAUUGGGAAAAUCUACAAAAAAUGCAAGAGAGGGAUUUUUGUCCACAUGGAUGACAACAUCAUCCAACACUACACCAACCAGUCGGCCUUCCUCAUUGAGAUGUCAGAUGUCGGCGGUCAGUUCCAGAUCACCCUCGUUGAAGUAUGAGAGCCAGCUGGCUCCGUUGAAGGAUGUUAAAUAUCACAGCUGCCAGUUGAAACCAUCUCUAAUAGCACUGCUCGGUAAAAGACAAUUUAAGCCGAGGACUUCUGAAACCAACUGGGCUAAAAAGACUCCAGUUUCUCCAAUUUUUGUUGAAAACGUCAAUACGUUUCUCGAUGUUGUAAAUACCACUACUCGCCCCAUUAUUUUGUUGUUUGUAACGUAAGAGAAAUUAUUAUAAACAGCUUGUACAUAUAUUGUAUAUAGAUUUUAAUAUGACAGUGUUUUAUGAACUAUGUAAAGCAUGUCGCAAUCCAUUUUCUACAAGUUGCUAUGUAUUUCAAUUUUUUUUUACAGUACAUGAUUUGUGUACAGUGUAUUUUCACCAUUGUCAGAGGUUGCUAUUCUUGUUGCUUUUAUUGUAUCCAUCAUUUCUUCCACAAGAACCAAUGGUGCGUUUUCUCACCCACAACCUACUAAUGAGGUUUUUUCACUGCCAUAAGUAUCUUCGUGUAGGUUCUUGUUAGUUUCAUAACUAAAAUGGCCCGACUUUGGGUUUAAUUCAGAACCUAAGUCAGACAUUUCCACCCAUAAAACCACACAAAAGUUAGUAUUGGCCAUCAAUUAGUCCUAGGUUGUGGACAUUUCCUGCCUGUAUGGUGCAACCGCAGAGGUUUCCUGAAUAGUUUUAAAUCCCCCAAAACCCCUGAUACUAUACUCAUAGUAUGCGUGUUUAUGUGUGUGUGUUAAAAGUGUUUUCCCUUAUACUGUACGUUACGCAUCAUUUCAAAUCGUGCAUGUAUCCCUGUAAUAUUUCAUUGUUGUAAAAUUGCAGUUCUGGUUGUAUUAGUCACAUCUUGCCUCUUUUUUAAAGAAAAUAAAGAAAAUGCAUAAUACA